AUGGCGGAUCCAAUUGGCCGAAGUGGUGCUCUUCCCCCACUAGGCUUGUUAGAUCUAGAAAAGGUGAAAAGAGAGAGCUCGGGAUAUCCUCUACAUCAUCCGGCAACCACGAUCCACAUGCCUGCUCCUCCCAUGGCUAGCCCAUCAACUUCCACAUUCUCCGGCCCACCUCCACCCUACUCAUAUCCCUCAUCCGCAUCUAGCUCGGUCGUAGGUGGAAACAAUGGCACUCAAAGCGGGCAGGUACCUGCAACUUACGCACCACUGCAUAAUCAUCAAGCAAGAGGGGACGAUAAAGAGCAUUCAUAUCCAACUCCAAGGCAGUCGCUACCGUCCAUCAACGAAGCGCUUUCAAUACAUUCAAUUUUGACGACCAACGCUCCACCAAGAUCGUCGACUAUUGCCAGAAGCCCGACAAGUCCAACACAUCGACCCACCGUCGACACAUCUCGUCCUCCAAACGAUUCCUAUCAGCCUCGAUCUCCUCGCGAAUCCAAGCCAUACGAGGCUAUCAGCAGGAGCAGUGGUCCCAUGUAUUCUUCACACGCAGCUCACUUCGCCCCAAGCCAGUCACCCGUCGUAAAUGACAGUUUCAGUUUUUUUCCAACCUCUCAACCGCCACGAGCGCUUCCAGACUUGGCAGCAUAUUCUCGACCUUCCCCUUCAAUCAUUCAGCAACAUCCGACAACGUCAAGCAUAGAAUCUCCCAUCACGCGGCACCAACCAACAACUAGUGCCUCUCACAGUUAUGCAGUACCCCAGCCUGCUUUUUCAUAUCCCCCGACAACUCCAGCUGCUACAUCAUUUCAGAGUCCGUUUGGAGAUGACUGGCGAAACGGGCAUUCGGACCAAGAGCGGCAGGAGGGCAUUCGCCGAGCCAUUUCUAAGGAAAGUCCACGCAGUGGUCGAGCAUAUGGAGAAUCUGUCAAGCGACAUCUUGAUUUCUUUGAUUUAGAGACGUCCUUGAACGACAUUGCUCGUGGAUCUGGACAGACCUUGGAAUUCUCACGACGAUACGGUGACUCACGGCAUGCGACGCAGAGAUCUGGACCAUCUUCAGCCUCCCUGCCAACCCUUACUGAAUGUGACGCUCUGAUCGAGCAGCAAAAGGCGGUCCUGAACUCAAUGGGCCGGAUACGGGAUAUCGUUUUACAACAACAACUGGCUCUUGCCGAACAAAGGCAUUAUGAUCAGCAGAGCUAUAAACACGCGCCAAAUGAUCUUCAAGACGGAGGUGAUUACGAUGACAAGAUGGACGGGGUAGGGGGUUUCGCGGGAUCUGAUGCGAAGAAGAGGCGUGGCAGAGCUGCACCUCCUGGUCGAUGCCACAGCUGCAACAGAGCUGAGACACCCGAAUGGCGGCGAGGCCCCGACGGAGCAAGAACCUUGUGCAACGCCUGUGGUUUGCAUUAUGCUAAGCUCACCAGAAAGAUGGGCAACAAAGCCGCCGCUGGGUCAUCAAAUUUACGGCCCAAGGAGUCUUCACCUCCGCAUCAAACGUACGGUAGAGUUAUCUCCGGAGAGGAUGAGCAUAUGAGCGUCGUAAGCGGACGAAAUGACUCCGCCGGCGCGCCGGGGAAUGCGCAACAACAAUCGUCCGCGGCUGCUGCUAGACAGCUGGAGGGGAGUCAGGGCGUGAAGAGGAGCGUGCAGGCUGCUUUCGAAGAUGCAGUUCGAUGGACGGCGCAGACGGAUUGGUCAGUCGCUAUGGAGGAUGAUUUGAAUCAUACAUGGGAGUCUAUGUUCAGCGGAGAAGAGCUGACGGCACUUUUUGCAGAACCAUCCAGUGCUCCAAAGCAGCCGGCAUCUACAAGCAGUGGCUACUCAAGCAAAGUCCGCGUCCUCGAUCGCUACAAGAUCGUUGGCUUCAUCAGCAGUGGCACUUAUGGCCGUGUCUACAAAGCCGUGGGCCACAAUGGCGUCCAAGGCGAGUUCGCUAUCAAAAAAUUCAAACCUGACAAAGAAGGCGAAACAAUCCAAUACACGGGCAUAUCCCAAUCCGCGAUCCGCGAAAUGGCAUUAUGCUCCGAGCUCUCCCACUCCAACAUCAUCGCCCUCGCGGAAAUAAUCCUCGAAGACAAGUGCAUCUUCAUGGUCUUCGAAUACUGCGAGCACGACCUCCUCCAAAUAAUCCAGCACCACUCCCAGCCGACCCGCCACCCCAUCCCGGCCUCCAUGGUAAAAUCCAUCCUCUUCCAACUCCUCAACGGCGUGCACUACCUACACACAAAUUGGGUUUUGCACCGCGAUCUCAAACCCGCCAACAUCAUGGUGACUUCCCGCGGCGAAGUCCGCAUCGGCGACCUCGGCCUCGCGCGCCUCUUCUACAAACCGCUCCACAGCCUCUUCUCCGGCGACAAAGUCGUCGUCACAAUCUGGUAUCGCGCGCCCGAGCUCCUGCUCGGAAGCCGGCACUACACUCCCGCGGUAGAUCUGUGGGCCGUGGGCUGCAUCUUCGCAGAAUUAUUGUCUCUGCGCCCGAUCUUCAAGGGCGAGGAGGCGAAGAUGGAUAAUAAGAAAACAGUGCCCUUCCAGCGCAACCAGAUGCAGAAGAUCGUGGAGAUCAUAGGCAUGCCGACGAAAGAGCGGUGGGGCGGGCUGGUUUCGCAACCGGAGUACAGCCAAUUGCAGACUCUGAGCGUCGCUGCGCGGGAAGGUAAUCCUGGCUUAAAGAACGCGAAUGGUGUCCCUAUUGGGCUGGAGAGCUGGUACUGGAACACGCUGCGCGCUACAGGCUACAAUUGCGAUGGUUCUCACGGUGAUACAUCAGGUGCUGCUGCUGCUGCUGGGGGUGGUGGUGGUAACGACCCAGGCUCGCCCGGCGCCCAAGGUCUCGACCUCCUCUCCCACCUCCUGGACUACGAUCCCACGAGACGGUUGACGGCAGCACAGGCGAUGGAGCACCCUUAUUUCAAGAGCACGGGCGACGGAAGCGGGGAGGUUAAUGCAAAUUGUUUUGCGGAUCUGCCGCCGAAUGUCACGUAUCCGCAAAGGAGGGUUAGUCAGGACGAUAAUGAUAUCCGGACGCAGAGUUUGCCGGGGACGAAGAGAGGUGGGUUGCCGGAUGACACGAUGAUGGGGGGGAUGAGUGGAGCUUUGGGGAAGGAUGGGGCGGGAGCAAGGGGGUUGAAGAGGGUUAGGGAGUAA